AUGUUAAGAUUUGGCCAGCCUGAUACAUUGAGAGGUGUCGCCUUGCAGAUAGACCCCAAUACUUUUGAACAUAAUUUUUACCGGGUGCUCACCGGUGUGGUGGUGCCCCGUCCCAUAGCCUUUGUGUCUACUAUUUCCACAGACGGAGUAGUCAACCUGGCUCCCUACUCCUUUUUCAACGCCGUCGCCUCUGACCCGCCUACCAUCGUAUUUUCUUCGUCCCGCCGUGCGGGUUCAAAAGCCAAAGACACCCUGACCAACGUGGAAGAAACCGGCGAGUUCGUGGUGAACGUGGUGGUGGAUGACAUUGCCGAGGCGAUGAACAAGACCGCCGCCGAGUUUCCCGUGGAGGUCAACGAGUUUGAAAUCGCGGGCCUCAGCGAGGCGCCGUCGGUCAAGGUCAAGGCGCCCCGGGUUGCCGAAUCGCCGGUCAAUAUGGAGUGCAGGCUGAAGCAGGUGGUUGACCUGGGAGCUGACCCCGAACACGGUCACGGCCUGGUCAUUGGGGAAGUUAUAUACAUGCACAUCCGGGACGACCUGAUAGACGGCCACCGGAUAAAUCACCAGCUUUUGAAGCCCACCGGCCGCCUGGCGGGAAGCAUGUACUGCCGCACGGCAGACAGCUUCGAAAUGGUGAGGCCGGUUUACGAAGGUUAG